AUGGAACCCGCUCUUACUUACGGCGUGCCCCUCCCUCCAUACAUGCAAAACGAGACCAUCGUUUUACAAGUGGACGACAGCACACGAAUGCAACGAGGCUCGACAGAGGUUCGGCUUGUUAAAGACAUAGCCGCCAAUACCACAGGCAGAUUCUGCCUCAAGUUAAUUGGUUCUUUGAGAGUUAUAAGUGAUGACCCUUAUUCGGGUGUACACGGACAAAAAGUUCUUAUUCUUUCGCGGCCUGACGGUAUUCACGGGGAUUCAUUCCAAUCUACCCUUAAUGCUCUAGCCCAACUCACCGGUGGGACGACGCGCGGUAUCCGAUCGCCGUUCUCAAUUCGUCGGUGUUUUGUUCAAGCUUCUGGACGGUCUUCGGGUCGCAUCCUCGUGGAGUACGGUGACAAGACUCUCAAGACCAAAUUAGACUUGAAUCGGUCCCGUCACGUACCACUAGCAGAGGCGGACUGCCCGAUUUUGGAACCCGGAGCGCUUAUUCAUGUAGAGGCUCUUAUUGCUCGUGAAGAUCAGCCACUUUACGACGGGGAGCUAUGGGAAACAAGCUGGGUUCUCCGGGCGUUAGUUGUACGCCACGUGUACUCUUCCGGGGCUCCUCUGUAG